GUUUUUGGGAAUCAUAAUCGGAAGGAGUAUGUCGGUGAAUCUGACGGCGAAUGCGAUUCCGGCAAUAGUUGCCGGCGACGUGAACGCGAAGCCGUUGGUUCAGGUUCUGGACAUUGCGUUGAUCUCCAAUAACAAUAUUUCAGAGAAGCAGAGAUAUCGUCUUCUGCUAUCCGACGCCGUUUCGAGUCACCACGCGAUGCUCGCCACUCAGCUCAACGACCGAGUCCGAACAGGCCGAGUUAAGAAAGGUUCCGUUGUUCAGCUUCUCGACUAUAUAUGCACUCCUCUCCAGAACCGCAAGAUUAUUGUGGUGCUCAACAUGGAAACUAUAAUACCUGAUUGCGAGAUCAUUGGGAAUCCGAAGUCAUUUAUGGAUUCUGAUUUACCAACUCAGAGAGUAUUGCCUGAUAACACUGUGGAGAAUUCGUCGAGGAGAAAUAAUAAUAAUUUGGCUGCUCAAAAUGCAAGUGAUAAUGUGCAGAAUUUCAGGCCAACUGUUCAACCUCCGUACCAACCACCUCCGGUUUACAAAAGCCGUGGUGCGAUUGUGAAGAAUGAGGCACCUGCACGGGUCAUUCCUAUAGCUGCUUUGAAUCCUUAUCAAGGUCGAUGGGCCAUCAAGGCUAGGGUAACUGCUAAAGGGGAUCUGCGCCGUUAUAAUAAUGCUCGUGGAGAUGGGAAAGUCUUCUCAUUCGAUCUCCUUGAUUCUGAUGGAGGUGAAAUUCGAGUAACCUGCUUUAAUGCUGUUGUUGAUCGCUUUUAUGAUGCGAUUGAGGUUGGUAAAGUUUACUUGAUAUCCAAAGGUAGCUUGAAACCUGCACAGAAGAAUUUCAAUCAUUUGAAGAAUGAAUGGGAGAUUCUUUUGGAUUCAACUUCUACGGUUGAGCUUUGCCCAGAUGAGGAUGGUUCUAUACCUAAACAGCAGUUCUCCUUCAGGCCUAUCAGUGAGAUAGAGAAUGUUGACAGUAACUCCAUCCUCGAUAUUAUUGGGGUAGUGACAUCUGUGAAUCCUUCAGUGCCCAUCUUGAGGAAGAAUGGAAUGGAAACUCAGAGAAGAAUUUUGAAUCUAAAGGACAGUUCUGGCAGGAGUGUUGAGCUAACACUUUGGGGCGAAUUCUGCAACAGGGAAGGACAAAAGCUGCAAGAGAUGGUCGAUACUGGGUUUUUCCCCAUUUUGGCAGUCAAAGCUGGGAAGGUUAAUGACUUUAGUGGAAAGUCUAUAAGCUCUAUUUCUACUACACAGCUUUUCAUGAAUCCAGAUAUCCCUGAGGCUCAUAGCUUAAGAGACUGGUUUGAUCAAGUGGGAAAAGAUUCUGCUUCUCUAUCCAUUUCUAAGGACAUUAUCCCUGGAGGACCAAAGAAUGAGAUACGCAAAACUGUGUCUCAGAUCAAGGAUGAAGGUCUGGGGCGGUCAGACAAGCCAGACUGGAUAACAGUGAGGGCAACCAUAUCAUUCAUCAAGACGGAUACAUUUUGUUAUACAGCUUGCCCUCUGAUGAUUGGAGAUCGACAGUGCAAUAAGAAAGUGACUAGGUCAGGAAACACGAGAUGGCAAUGUGAUAGAUGCAACCAAGAGUUUGAGGAGUGUGAUUACCGAUACCUUCUUCAAGCUCAAAUUCUGGAUCAUACUGGAAUAACUUGGGUAACUGCAUUCCAGGAAGCAGGGGAAGAGAUUAUGGGGUACUCAUCAAAGGAGCUGUACUUGUUGAAGUAUGAACAGCAGGAUGAUGAAAGGUUUGGAGAAAUAAUCAAGAGUAGACUCUUCAACCAUUUUGUAUUUAGGCUGAAAAUCAAAGAGGAGUUAUAUGGAGAUGAGCAGAAGGUGAAGAUUACAGUAGUCAAGGCAGAUAAGGUGAAUUAUUCUUCAGAGAGUGGAUACAUGCUUGAUUUGAUUUCCAAGUUUAGGCAGUAAUUGUUGCGAGGUUUCAGCAUCUUUUCAUGCGACGAGCCAUAACUGUUAGUAACUCCGUAUUCUAGUGUACAAGCUAUCAUAUAAUCGGUCAUUGGUGGUUAUGAGUUACUGCGUCAUUUCUAUGCCCAUUGUAAAACAUAUAUAUAUAUUUUUUUUUGAUAACAUGUAAAACAUAUAUUUAGAUACCGCUAAUUCAAGUUCGAAUUCUGUGUUUCUUUUUUUAUGGAUAUGCCGUCAUAUCACAUAUGAACACCUAUAAUAUUUUGAAAUGAGCAUUUACACAGGACAUUUCAUUGCUCCCAGUGGUAGUUCACAUCUCUAAGUUAUCACACUAUUGUCGAUGUAUGAGCUAUUAUUCUGCUACUAUCUGUUCCAUUCUAAUAUUCUG